AUGAACAACGAACAAUUCCGCAAGCUGCUGCUGGCGAACGCGGCCAAAUCCAAAUCCGACGGGGACAAGAGGAAUGGCGCACCGGCAACGAGCAGCACCCCGGCGCUGGGCUCGAGGUUGAAGUCCAACAUUCCCAUGACGCCUCGCUCUGCCGCUGGCGGCGUGAGGAACGACUUUGCUCGACAGCUGGCCGAGAGGCAGCACCAGGCUUUCGAGAAGGCCCAGAAAAAACACAAAACCUCGCUUCCCAAGGGCAGCAAGUUCGCCCAGGGCUAUGUCGACCGCGCCAAGACGAGGCAGGACCAGGACGACGAAGACGACAGGGCGGCGCGCCUGGAGGCCCUCGACGAGUCGUUAAAGAAUGAGGAGAUAGACAAGGCGACGUACGACAGGCUGCGCAGCGAGAUAGCCGGCGGCGACCUGUCCAGCACCCACCUCGUCAAGGGCCUCGACUUCAAGCUCCUGGAGCGGAUACGGAAGGGAGAGGAUGUCUACGGCGGCGGCGGCGACGGAGACGAGUCAAAGGCAUCCGCAGAUGCGGGCGAAGAGGCACAGGCGGAGUUGGAAGAGGAUCCCGACGAUGUCUUGGAGAAACUGGAGUCGGCCGAGGUCCAUGCGAUCACGAGAGAGAAGGUGCAGAAGAAGGGCCAGCUGGCCACCACGACGCUCAACACGGGCCAGAAAAGAUCGCGAAACCAGAUUCUGGCCGAGAUGAAGGCAGCAAGGGAUGCAGCCAAAGCAAAGGCGGAGUCGAGCCUCGGUCCCAAAUUCAAAAAGAUCGGAGCCAAGAAGACGCCGGGGACGAGGAUAGAAAGGGAUAGUAAGGGCCGCGAGGUCAUGAUCAUUAUCGACGAGGACGGCUACGAAAAACGCAAGAUUCGGAAAAUCGAACCCAAGCCUUGGGAAGAGCAGGAGAAGGAAACGGCGGCUUUUACGUCAGGCAAUGUGCUCGGUAUGGAAGUACCCGAGUUUUACAAAAAGCAGCUGGCGGAGCAGGCCGAGCGGGAAGCCGCCGAAGAGCAAAAGGAGAUUACCAUCUUUGAUGAUGCCGGGUCAGACUACGAUCCCCUAGCAGGUCUCGAGGACGGGUCAGAUAACGACUCUUCUGCAGAAGAGGGCGAAGCCAAGGAAGCCGUCGCAGGGCAAGGACCUGCCUCUACAGCCACUGCCGCACUACCAGAUGAAGGGGCAAAACCCUCGGCGACCCUGAUGGGGCCUCCCCCAAAACCAGACGCGGCCUCGAGCCCGGCAAGAAACUACUUCAAGGACUCCAAGACGGCGUUAACGUCAGCCGAGUCUUACAAGGGGCCUUCGCUAAACGACCCAACACUCCUGGCGGCACUACAAAAGGCAAAGGCAAUCAGCGCGGCGGAGAAGUCGGAGGAAGAGCAGAAGGCGGCAGAGCGGGAACAGCGUCUCAAGAAGAAGCUGCUGGAGAGCAGCCGGGACGACGACGACCUAGAUCUCGGCUUUGGUUCGAGCCGGGCCGAGGACCAGGCGGACGCCGAAGACGCAAAGGUGAAGCUGUCGACGUGGAGAGGCGGCCACGACGACGACGACGACGACGACGAUGGCGAGGACGGCGGGGGUCGCGGCGACAAAUCCAAGAGGAAACGAGGUUCUAAAAAGAGGAAGGGGGACAAGAGCAGUUUUGAGGAAGUCAUGAAGGUCGUGGAGCGCAACAAGAAGACAUAG